AUGUAAUUAAUAGAUGCCAUUUUUGAGGAUCAAUUCAGGCCAGCUCUGAUUGAACACUAUAAACAAUAUAAGAUAGUCAGGAGGGCUGAUUAUCUUUUAAAGGCAUUACAAUCAGUCGAUUAACUGUCUUUAGAAGAUUAAUAACAAUUUUACGAUCAUUUAGAGAAAUAAUUAUUACAAUGCACCCCAUUGUAAGCAUUAACAUUAAUUCACAAUUAAAACGAGCAGAUUGUAGAUUUGUUAUUAGAGUUGUGUUUAACAAAUGAACAUGUAUCACCUUUACUAUAUUUUUCAGCAUACACAAUAAUUAUUUAGGAUUAUCAAUUGGUUUUUGAGAUCUAUAACAUUGACAAGGCGCAAUUUCAAAGGCAUGUUUAUCUACAUCAAAAAUCAAAUGUACAAUUCCUAACUAACAAAUGAAAAAGUUUAGAGAUUCAUAUCACUAUUAUAAGUACCAAUUGAUUUUCAUUUUAUAGAAAGUUUUUGCAGAAUUUCGUUAUGAAUCUCCAUAUGCCUCGUUCUACUUCAAUUACAUCAACAGUGGGUUAGUUGUGGACACAAGAGAAAUGAAAUGGCUCUUUGGUAAAGGCAUUUCCCUCUAAACUUGGCUCUAUCCAAUUCCUAUAAAAUCAGAAGUUGAAACUAAAAUUAUGUACUUAAUGUCUGAUAAAAAAAAAGGGUGUCAGUUUAUUUUAAAUGGCAACAAAUUGGUUUAUCAAUAUGUGGAUCUGAAUUGUAUUUUUAUUCCUCAUUAUAAAACAGCGCCAAAUCACGAAGUUCCAAUAAGUUUGAUUGAAAUUCCCUAUCAAGAAUGGUCAUCGUUGUGUAUCCAGAUUUAAUCGAAAAAGUUCUUCAUGUAGGAAUCGUAUUACUUAUAUUUGACUUGUGGCAAUCAACAACUUCGAGAAAUCAAAAUAGAUUUUCCUCAGAUCCCAAACGACUCUCUUGUCAUUGAGUUCCAAUUUUUUACUAAUUUUUAUGGUUAUGUCACAUCUAUGUUAAUUUAUAAUGAUGGAUUUGAUGGAAGGUAUUAACUACUAUUAUGCAUAUAGUGAUCUAACUUGUGGUGACAAAGACCUGGGCAUUCAAUCCAAUGAUCACCUAAGGAAUUUACACAAAUGUCAUGGGAAUAAUAAACUAAUUUUAUGUUAUACUCCACUGAGAGCCAGAGCCAAUUUUAUUACAGAUCCAAUCAAUAAAUUUGAUGGGGCAUUGCAAUCAUUCAGUGGUUCCUACUUAAGAAUCACUUAAAAAUAACAGUUUUCUUAAUUCUGCAGAAUUGAAAACUUUGUUCCUCUAUUACUAUUUAUUAAAAUCUAACCUUAUGAUUCAUUGCUGAACGAGUUAUUGACUCUUUUCUGUUAAAUCAUCAAGUCCAGACCAGAAACAUAGCAAGAUGCAAUCAGAACUGAAUAUUUAAGUUUGAUAGCCCUUAAACUAAAUGAUUCUGGACUUGACAUGAUCAACAAUUAAACCAUAGAAUUGCUCUCACAAUUGCACAAUUCCAUUCAGGAUACAAAGUUGAAAUAGCAAUUCGUUUGCAAUCUAUUGUGGAGAAUUCAAAUUUAUAAACUAGAGAAUUUUUCAAUCAUUGAAGACUACUUAAAGUUCAUUCGAAUGAUAUAUAAUGGCAAUCCUGAAUUUUGUAUAUCGAUUUUCGGAAUCGGUAAAAUACUCGAAAUCUUGAUCUACGACAUUGAUCCGAAGAAUAGAUUAUGUUGCGAAGAACAUGCGAAUCAAAUGGGUUAUACCAACUUCUAAUUACCUACCAUCCCCUACGCUUAAUUGAUUGAUUCCUAUUUAAGUAUCACCUAUGUUUACAUUUCUUAGAUAUUAUUGAUGCCAUCCUCCAUAAUAAAUUAUUUCAAUCACAAUCCAAAAUUGAGAAAUCCAACAUCAUUGACAUUGCGAGAGUCUUCACAUUAAAAUGCUCUCCUUGCUUCUAUUAAUUACUACUCAAAAAGCUACAAGGAUUAUUUUAAUACGAAACCAAGAGUAAUAACCCCAUAUCUCAGAUACUAAUCCAAGAGGAAGUGAUGCAAAUGCUAUUGAAUCUACUAACAACAUGUUCCUGUCCAGAUGUCAAAACCAGUUGCAUCAAGUUGAUAGCUGAGAGUAUUCGCAUUAACUAAUCUCCAAAUGAAAAAGAAAUCGCUAAUUGGAUUGCACAUACUUUAGGUAACAGUGCUGCAGUUGAGGUGUAAGAGGCAUACUCCGAUGAUGAAGAUGAGGAUUUUCAACCUCGAAAGCCAUUAAUAAAUCAAGCUUUGGUCUUUCAUUAACAAGAGGAACAAUAGAAUUUUGAUGAGGAGAAGAAGAAGCAGCCUGCCAUUCAAAAUAAGAAGAUUGUUUAGGCAAAUAGAAGGAUUAUUGAUUAUGAACCUCUAUAUGUUGCGAUUAUGGAAUGGAUGCUCAAAACUAGAGUUGGAAAGACCAAUUCAGAUACACUGAUUUUAGAUGAAAAUCUUAUCAUUAAAUCUGAUGGUGGAUUAUCACUUUUGAUUAGUUAUUUCGAAUAUUGCGUGGAUUCUGUCAAGGGCCGAAUUAUGUAAGAUUUAUGUAUGCUAAUUAAAUGGAAUCAAGCCAGUGCUAUUUUUCUAUUAAAUAACGAGGAGUUUCAUUGGUGGAUCUUAAAGACGCUCUUGGAAAUCUAAAACCAAUACAAUAUUAGAGAGUUGGCUUAAUUUGAAUUCUGGGUGUGGGAUAGUGGAUUAAAACUCUAUUGCAAUGUGAUCAAAGCUGGUAUUCAGAACGAGAAGAAUGGAUUUCAGCGAUUGGCUCAAUUGUAGAGUUAUUGCAGAGUGUUGGAAGAGAUUAAUGGAGAACAGAUAAAUCAGUAGGCAACCUAAUUAUUGAUCAGAUUGAUAUACAAGCAACUGCUCUCUAAUUUCUCGUAAUUAUCAUUCAUUUAAUAGAUUAGUGAUUGUUAUAAGUUGGACUUAUUUUCAGCCUUUUGGGUUAACUUGUAUUCUGUUAUUUUUGAAACCUUCAGAUUAGUGACAGCUGAUCCAAGGACUAUUGAGAAUGAGAGCGAGAACGAGCAUUACUAUUUAUUCCAUAAAUUCUACCCUAUUGCAUUUUAGUUAACAAUUUCACAGUAAGAAAUGCCUAAAAGUAAAUAUUAAUCAAAUAUUAUUGCUAGAAUGGAAGCAAUAAUUUGGAAUUAUACAAUGGGUCGAUCACAUUCUUAUUGUGAAUAUCUGUGAAAUUAUUAAUCAAUUUUGUGGCAAAUUCUCGACACAAAUAAUUAGUUACUUGGAUGAUUAUCAGAUUGUUUAAAAAGGAAUUUUAGGUCUUUUGGAGUAGAAGAAUCCCACAGAAUCGUAGAAAACAUUUGCUGCAAUGAUGUUUGAAUUCGAUAUAGGAUUGGAAUAAGGUCAAUCUCCCAUCUUUGUCUAGGUUUGUUAACUCUUUCUGUAAUUGAAUGCCGAAUACUUUGCCUUUAAUGUGCAGAGCAGUGAAAACAUAAAGCAAUUGCAGGUGAUAUUGAAUACACUCGAUAAAUUAGUUAGAACUUUAAUUAUUGCUUCGGAGACUUUAAGGGACAAAGAGAUAGACGAAAUGCAAGAUAAAGUAGUGUAUUCGAUUAUUGGAUCGCAUUUCAUAUUUCUGUAUUAAAUGGAGGAUAAAAUAAAAGAGAUUAAUUACGAUAAGGAGAUAAAGUAGGAAUUGUUGCAGAUUGUGAAGAAUUGCUUGUUCUAUUCAUUCAAGUUUUUGAUUGUGUAUGUCGAUUGUUUUACUCAGAUUUUAAAUAAGAAUGAGUCAUUUUAGGCUCUCAUUUUUGAAGGGUACAAACAACACAAAUUGUUUCUAAUGAAAAUGAUCAAUGAUUUAAUUAGGAAAGACAGUUCACACAUCUUUGAUGCUAGUGAAACCAAGUCACUCAAAUUAAACAAUAAACUAAUUAUGGAUAAAAUGAUAGCAGCAAAACAAGUAUUUGUGGAAAAUCAAACAUUAUUGUAAAAAAUAUAGCAAUCAUUCUUCAUGAAUGAAGAAUAUUAUUUGAAAACCAAGUGUGAUUUUGAAGAAUCGUAUAGAAUUUUCUCAUAGAAGAAGAAAGCCUUAGAGGAUAGAUUGUAAUCAUAACGACAAGGAAUUGAGGAAGUCUUGUUUUCAUAGAUGUAAAUUCAUUAAGGUAUAUUACAUAUAGGAUAUCAUCAUCGUCAACCUAUUCGUAUGAUUAAAAAAUACAGAGAAUAGACUCUGAAUAAAUCUAUAUGAGACAAGCCAGAUACAUGUUUAAGAAGUCAUUCAACAGAGUCCGUGUAUUUAAUCAAUGGUGGGCUCAUCCAGAGUUCAAGGCAUAAAUCGAUAAGCCAUUUGCUUCGAUAGAUAUGCAUUAUGACAACAUCAUAUAAAAUUAGAUGUAAAACAAAGAAUUUAAUGUAGAUUCACAUGGAAGAUGUGGAAAUAUGAAACCAAAUAGAAAUCCAGACCCUUGCUCAAACCUAAGUUGUAUGAUUACCCUCAAAUUGAUAACAUAAUGCAAUCUCAAUAGUAAAGUACAAGAAUAAUGAAUUUGGCUGACUACGAUAAGAAAUAACCAGAGAGACAGAGAAAGAAAAUACAUGAAAUCAUAUUUGAUACAAUCAUCCCAUUUUAUUCUUAAUAACAUGAAUAAGACGAGGUGAUUCUCCACAGAGUCCAGUGGAUCAAGACUUUAACAGUUAGAAUAGGAUCUUUACGAAUAAGUGAUACGCAUUUGAUCUUUUAUUUUGAAUCCAUUACUCAAAAAGAAACCCACUAGAGUCUGAUUAAAUUUAGAGUUCCUGAAGACUCCUAGUUGGUGAAGUAGUGGGAUUUGGAAUAGAUCUACGAUAUUUAAUUUAGAAGAUACAUUGGGAGAUGGACAUCCUUGGAGUUGACUCUAUUGGAAGGUAGUACACUUGUAUUCAAUUUCUAAAAUGGGGAUCAUCAAAAAGUGAUAGAGAAAUUGAUUUCUCUGAAGAAACAGCGAACCAUCAAUCUUAAACCCAGAAUUUAAUCUGGUAAAUUAGAUCCUGUGAGUGUGAUGUUAGAGAGUAAGGCUAUGAAUAAGUGGUAUAAUUAUAAGAUCACGACGUUUGAAUACUUGAUGAAAGUCAAUAAAAUCUCUGGAAGGAGCAACAAGGAUUUGACCUAAUAUCCUGUGUUUCCCUGGAUCAUGAAUGAUGGUGAGUAAUUGCACAAAUAUCGUGAUUUAACUAAAAGCAUGGGUGCUUUGGGUACUAAAGAUAGGAUCGAGGUGUUUGAAUAGAGAUACAACAUGAUAGAUCAUUUUAAUAAGGUUCCGCAAUUUCACUAUGGGAGUCAUUAUUCGAGUCCAGCAAUCAUAUUCCAUUAUCUUAUUAGAUUGAAACCAUUUUCUGAUGGAGCCAAAGAAUUAUAAUCAGGCAAGUUUGACUUAGCAGAUCGUUUAUUCUUCUCAUUCAUAGAGACAUAUCGGAAUGCAGUUGAAGAAUUGAGUGAUGUCAGAGAAUUGAUACCUGAAUUCUUCUAUUUGCCUGAGAUGUUUCUUAAUUUAUCAAAGUAUGACUAUGGAUUGUAGUAAACUGGGUAACGAGUAAACAAUGUGGAAUUGCCUUUUUGGACUUAACAAAACCCCUAUUUGUUUAUUUGUGCUCACAGAAUGGAAUUGGAAAGUGAUUAUGUUUCAUAGCAUAUUUGCAAUUGGAUUGAUUUAAUUUUUGGAUAUAAACAAAAAGGAGAAGAAGCAGUCAAAGCUCUAAAUACAUUUUAUUAUUUGACAUAUGAAAAUUCGAUAGAUUGGGAUUCGAUCAAAAAUGAAAAACAAAAGAUAUCGUUGGAGUCUCAGGCAAUUCAUUUUGGCUAAUGUCCAAGUUAAAUUUUGGACAGAGCUCACAUUGCCAGAGGGAAAUAAAAAGUUGUUUUUAGGAUUGUAGAUGAAAAAUUAGAAAAGAGAAUCCUUAGGUAAAAACAAAAUAAUCCGCAACCUUAGUCACAAAACUAUUAGAGAAGCAAAUCAAUCAUUAGAAUACAUUUUUCAAGUGAUAACAAAGUUUGGAUUAUUCGCCGAAAUGGAGAAUGUGCUACUAUUAGAUUAGAUUUAAAAGACAACAAAUUUGAUCUUGCUAAUUAGAAAGAACAACCUAUCAAUUUUGGGAAAUUUAUGGAUGAAAACUAAUAUCUCUUUGAUUGGACUUGUAAUUAUGAUGAACUCCCUGUUUUGAAUAGAGGAAAAUAAGUAUUGAUUGGAGGCAUCUGGGAUGGAAGACUGCUUAUCUAUAAUAAUGGUAUCAUCUCUGAAUAGAGAUUCGAAUAAGAACACACCAUAACAGUAAUGAGAUUUGACUACAAAAUGAGAAUAUUGGCUACUGGUAGUAAGGAUGGCACUCUUAUUAUAUAUAAAGUGUUAAAUAACUCAUACAUUCCAAUUAGUAAGCAUCAUCAUCAUGAAUAAUCGAUUACAGAUAUCUUUAUAUGUAAUGAUCUCAAGGUUGUAAUAACUUGUUCUAGUGAUGGUUGGAUUCACAUGUAUAAUUAAUGGUCUGGCAAAUACUUAAGAAGUUAUAGACAUCCUAAGGGUUUGCCUAUUAGCAAAGUUUGUAGUUAUUGUACUCCAUUGUAUGGAAUAGCAUUUUACGAAAACAAAAACAUUUAUUCAUAUAGCAUCAAUGGAUAAUUCUUGGCACAUCUUGAGUUAAAAUAAUAUAUUGUUAAUUAAGGACAUCUCAAAGUCGUUAAGGAUUCAAAGUUAACUGAUAUUAUUGUAUGUGUUUUUUGUAUUUUAAUAGGUGUUACCGUUGUGCAUGGAAAAGAAAAUAUUAAUGUUAACAACUCCCUUUUUGCAGAAAAGAAAUGAAAUAUAAUUGACUGAUUGCUAACAAUCAAUGAACGAUAUUAGUUCUUUUGCUUUAUCACCAGAUAGAACAAUUUUAGCAUUUGGAACAUCAGAUGGAGAGUUUGGAUUGGUAGUAGACUAGCGAAUCUUUUCAUAAGAUUGA